AUGCUGCAGGUUGUGGCUCUUUUCCAAGACCUCUUCGCCCUCUACGUCGACGCCCUGCAGCAACGAGUUCCCACUUCUAAGGCUUUUCUUUCGGGCGCCUUCGCGGCCUCCCUAGAGGCCCCGGGGAGCAGCAGCAGCAGCAGCAACAACGGCAUCAGCAGCAGCAGCAGCAGCAGCGCAGCAACAGAGGAGCUGGUGCGUCUUGCUGCAGUCAUUGGCAGCUGCAGCUACUGUGCUGCAAUGCUGCAGAAGAUGGCAGCAGCAAUUCAAGCAGCAGUGGAUCCUUCCAUUAAAGACAAGUGCACCUUUGAGCAGCAAAACGAGCUGCUGUUUGGGCUUGAGAGCCGCUGCGUCCGUUUGCUGGUGGAUUUGCUGCUGGCUAGCUUCCCGGGGGUCUGCGCGGGGCUGCAGAAAACUGCUGCUGCUGCUGCUGCUGCUGCUGCUGCUGCUGCUGGGGGCGUGGACGGGCCUUCUGCUGCUGUUGCUGCUUUCUGCUGCUGCUUGAGGCGGGGGCUGCAGCAAAUAGCGCAGUUCCUUACAAAGCCAGCCUUUCGCUUCCUAGUGGACAAAGUUGCCCAGCAAGUCAUUUUCCAGUACCGGGAGGCCCUCAUAAGCUGCAAGCGUGUGGGGCCCCUGGGGGCGCAGCAGCUGCUGCUGGACGCAGCAACACUAAAGGAGACUUUGCUGCAGGUUGCUGUUCCUGGCAGCAUCGGCAGCAGCAGCAGCAGCAGCAGCAGCAGCAGCAGCAGACUCAAGCCUCCACCAGGAUAUGUUCGUUUUGUAAACAGGGAAAUGGAGAAGGUUGAAACUCUCUUGAAGGCCCUCGCAUGCACAGCAGGAGACCCCGCAGCACUUAGAG